UAUUUAUUUACAUCCGGGCAGUUUGUAUCCAAAGCAAUACACAACAUUCUUCGGGAAGACAUAUAUUGGUGAAUGUUUUUCUUACAGAAUUAAACAGCUUUCCCACCAAAAUGAGUCGAGGAACAAACAGCAUUUUAAGUGAGAUAGAAUGGGACGAAGGCUUAAGUAUGCCGGUGGCAAAUGUCGAAAACAAAGCUAUGGAAGACCAGAUACAAGAUAAACAGAAGAAGGUUGUAGCUGCUACAAAUGAUUUGGAAGAAUUUGAUGACCGCAUACAUGCUAUGUCUGAACAUCUCAAGAAUGUUCGACAAGAGUUGCAACACACACAGGGUCUUACAAAUGCACGUAAAAAAGAAAUUGAAACAGAAAAUCACAUGCUGAUGAUAGCUGAGAGAGAAGAAGGCCGUCUGAAGCAAGAGGUCAGAAAACUGGAAAAAAACCUGGAGGAACUAAAAGAAAAAAAGAAUGUUUUUGAGAACAACAUCUUUAAACAAACCCAGAAGCUGGAGGAGAUGAAGUCCCAGAUGAACUGGGACCAACAGGCACUGGAGGCAUGGUUAGAGGAAUCGGCUAGAAAAGACGAGGAUGCCAUGGCAAUCCAGAAGUAUACAAGACAGGAUGAGAGCAAAAUCAAGGAAUUGUCCCUAAGAAUGGAAAGACUUACUGAUGAAUCCAGGCAGAAAAAACAUGUGCUUGAACAUGAAACAACAGAGACAUUAACAGCACAAAUUGAAUUAGACAAAACUGCAGAGGAUUUCCGGAAAGCACAUCAAGAACGUCAGAAUUUGAUUGAGCAAUGGGAACAUACGAUUGAACAAAUGCAGCGCCGUGACAAAGAAAUGGAUCUUCUUGCAGCGAAAUUGGCAAGAGUGAAAGCAGAAGUAAGAAAGAGAGAAGAAAGUAUAAAAGAAAAACAACAGUUCUUGGACAAUGAAAUAGAAAACAACAAAGAGCAAGAAAAGAAGAUCUCACUGGCAGAGAGGUUAUCGGCCAAAUUCAGGAUUGAUUAUCAGGAAGCAGAAACUCAGAGAGUGCAAUUCCAGGAUGAGUUGGAUGCAUUAAAACGCACUGUUGAUCGCACAGCCACUGACCUUGAGGUUACAAGGUCACAGGUUAGCAUGCUGAAAAAAGAUGUUCAAGAGAAAACUAAUAAACUUCAGAUGGCUAAAGAUUUGAGGGAAACAUUAGUAGAAAAGUUAAAGAUUGCUACUGAAUCCACACUGAGUGCAGAGGAACGAGCAGCUCGCAUGGAUGAGCUGUUAGAGGAGGAAGAAAAGGUCCAGAAGGAAUAUGAUCAGAAACUGAAAGCACUCAGAGAUCUUCAGUUCCGAAAAACCCAGGAGCUUCAUGAGAGUAAAGUGACUGAGAGAAACACAGAGGCUGAAAUUCAGGGAAGUCAAGCUGCCAUUCGGAACCUAAGCAGCAAAAUAUCAAAAGUGGACACAGAUGCCCUCAAACAGCAGGAAAUCAUAUACAACCAGGACUUUGCAGUGCAGCAACUAGAAAGAAGGAUCAAUAGAAUGCAAGGGGAGAGAAGCAAUGAGGAAAAGAUUGCUUUGGAGGCUAAAAUCAAGGACUUGAAUGAUGAUUUGGACCAGAGAAAUAAUACACACACUCUGUUGACCCUUCAGCUCAAAAGACUGCAGGAUGAUAUCCGUCGAGUCAAGAGAGACUUGGAGAAAUCUGGAGCUGAGAAGACUGACUUGACCAGCAAGAUUGAGGAACUGAACCUGUAUAACGAUAGCUCUGAGAAAGAACUCAGGAAAAUCAUCAGGAACAAGCAGGACAUGAUGGUGGAUGAGAAUAUUCUCAAACUCGAGAUUAAGAGACUGAGAGGGAUGUUGAAUUUUAAGGCUGAUGAAGUUUUUGAUUUGGAGAAGAGAAGACUACAGCUAGAAACGGCCAUGAAAGAAAGGCGACAAGAAAUAUUUAUCCACAAGGAGAUGUUAGAGGCCCAGCACCGUUCUGCCAACACAGAGCGUCAACAAAUUAGUGCUGAACUGCAGGAAAGAAUUGCUAAGAUUGAUAAAUUAAGGAAGAGAUAUGAAAUUCUUAUGGUUUCUAUGGCACCACCAGAAGGGGAGGAAGAAAGAUCACAAGCCUACUAUGUCAUCAAGGCUGCCCAAGAGAAGGAAGAGUUACAGAGACAGGGAGAUGAUCUGGAUGCCAAGAUACGGAAGGCAGAGAAAGAAAUCCGAGCCCUGGAGAAUACACUGAAGCUGAUGAACAACCGUAACGAGACUUACAGAAAGAGCUUCAACAAAGUUACUGAAUCCAGUGACGAGAUGGAAGAGAAGGGACAACUGGAGGAGCAGAUGAGGGCGGUUAUGGACAAGUUUAAGUACAAGAGACGACAGAUUCGCGAGCUUCAGGAGGACCUGCAGACCAUGAGUAACACUCUUGAUAACCUGACAAGGGAUGAGCAGGCAUAUGAGGAAAUGAUCGAAGAGAAGGAGAACAAAAGAUUGCAGCUGAACAAGGAACUUGAUGAUCAGAGAUCAAAGUUGGAGAGAGUUGCUAAACAGAAUUCAAAGUAUGCCAGAGAACUAAGAUCAGCCAAGAAGUCCAAGGGAGAGACAAAUGAAGAGAAAGAUUUUGAUGUGCGUGAAUUGCGAGAUUUUAACAGACAGUCCAUGCAACAGAUCGGGGACGUCAUUCAGAAGCACCCAGACAUCAGCGAGGCUGUCAACAUGUACUUUUCCCAGGCCAAUCUACCUCCCCCAACCCCCAGCGGUCGUCAGCCUGGAAGUGCCCGCAGUAGUAUAGGAUCCGUCCGUAGUAGUCCCAGUAUCAAAACGCCACCUAGUGGUAGUGGACGGCCUACACCGGUACAGAUUGGUGCGGAAUUUGGAGCGGUUCGCUCCCCUGCUAGUUCUCGCAGCUCCAGCUCUAUGGGAAGUGUCAGGAGCUCCGGAAGUCGUGCUGGGACAGGUCGACGAUAGAGCCCUCUACCGUCUGUAAAAUAAAUCAAUGUACCCGUCCGGGAUGUUAAGACUGUGAUAAAAUAUGAAUGGAUACUAUAAAGGAUUGUAUAUUGUAACUAUUUAAAAAUGGAAUGAUUGUUUUAAAGUACGAAAGUAUGAGCGUGUGAAAAAGCGGAAGAACCUUUGUUUUGAAUCAUGCUUCUGUUGUAAAUAAGUAAAGGUGUUUCACAAUAAAUCUGUACAUCAGUAAAU